AAUCGUGACUCUAGCACUUGUCAGGUAUAGCGAAAAGUCUUAGCUAUGUCGUGGAGUACACCAUCCAGCAACCUAUUUAACGCCCUAGAUCUCUCACAUCUCAGAAAUUGAAGAGUACAACUAGGCGUCUUUCCGCUCAGCAUCAAAUUUAUCCCCAACUCACAUCGAGCUCCCCUGGCUUUUGCUUGAUCAUUGACUAUCCAGCAUGGCUCUCCGUCCGUGCAAGGUCCUAAUCGUGGGGGGUGGGAUCGCCGGUCUCGCUCUUGCUCUUAUGCUGGAAAAGAAUGCUAUCGACUAUGUAUUACUUGAGGCAUACCCAGAUAUUGUGACGGAAGUCGGCGCCGGCAUCUGCAUGAUGCCGAACGGUCUCCGAACCCUUGACCAGCUGGGCUGCUGUGAGGAUUUGCUCAGUCAUACCGGGAAUCCCGUCACUAAUAUAUCCUGGCGAGAUCUAGAGGGGGAGCUACUAGGCUCUUUAGAUGGAUCGGUACUCAAUGAAAGAUAUGGUUAUCAUGCGCUGUGGAUGGACCGCAAGGUGCUGCUCGAGGUUCUCUACAGCCGUAUCUCGGACAAAUCAAAACUAUUGACCCAAAAGCGUGUCGCCACGGUUGAGCACGCCGAGAACUAUGUCGAGGUCACCACGACUGAUGGCUCCGUAUACCGUGCUGACAUCCUUGUCGGAGCCGAUGGGACGCACUCCCGUAUCCGACAGGAAAUGACCCGGUUGGCAACAAACCUUGGGCUCCAGGAUGGUUACGAUGACGAGACCCCUGCGACCUAUUCCUGCAUCUUCGGCGUAUCAGCUGGAGUUCCUGGAAUCUCCCCAGGCUGUCUUGAUUUUGUCGUAAACGAACAAUCUUCAUACGUCAUCGGGACUGGACCCGAUAACCGGAUAUACUGGUUUCUCGUGUCCCACAUGGGGAAGACAUUCUACGGUGCAGACAUCCCUCGCUUAGACAACAAAGACCAAGACAUUCUCGCUCAAAAACACUGGAAUGACCACAUUACACCAGAUGUGCGGUUCUCAGAUCUGUACGAGAAGAGGAUAUCGACUAUAUACACUCCUAUGCGUGAAUGCGUGGACAAGAAAUGGCACUUGAACCGAGUCAUGCUCAUUGGAGAUGCCGCCCACAAGGUGAGUUCGCAUGUCAAACCCCUUAAAGUUCCUUUUCGGCUCGUGAUGUAACUGAUGUUUACUCCUGGUGGCAGAUGCUUCCUAGCACCGGACAG